GCUCCUCCUCUCCCCCCACCCCUCAACUUGGCCCUGCUGCUUCUCCUCCUCCCUUCUGUCCUUCCCCCACCGCACCCCCCACCCCUCAUACUCAGCCCAGCCCACCCGCCUGCGAGAUGGGGCUGAAGGGGGAGGAGGAGGGUGCGGAAGGGGGAGCAGGACCCACUUGGCUUCCCUAAGCGACCAGUGGCUUUGAGGAGCCCUAGCCGGUGGCAGAUCUAUCAGUCUUGGCUUCUUGCUUCAAGAUUGUGGCUGCUCCUGAUCCUCAUCUCUUGCCUUGCUGCUGCUACUGCUGUGGUUGCUGAUCCUGCUGCUGGAGGCUUGGGCUUUAGACCCUCUUCCCAGCGCUGCCUGCCCUGUUGCUGCCCAGGCAAAACUCGGGCUUCUCAGUGGGGCGACAUUACAGCCGCGGGCCCCCAAACUGAUCGGCAUUUCCCUGGUGCCGGCACUGCUGCUGCUGCAGAAAGGAUGGAUCAAGACAAUCUGGAGACGUUGAAGGCUUUUGAGCAAGGGAAUGACAUGAUUGAACUUGUGCCUUAGGAAGAUUGUUUUGGCAACUGUGGUGGAUAGAUUUGGAGAAGAGAGAGACUGGAAUCUGGGAGACCAAUUAGGAGGCCAUUAUAAUCAUCCAGCUAAGGGAAAACCUCGCACUGUUUAAAGAAAGAUAAAGUUGAAACUGCAUCACUGAAAACUUUCAUUGAAGUCUUACUCCCUGCUCAGGCUUAGCUAUCCCUCGCCUGCAUAUGACUUACAGAUUUUUUCUCUUCUAAAAUGGAUUCCAGUAAAAAGAUGGACCCUCCUGCUCCAUUACAAACUGUACAACAAAAGGCCAAUCCUGAUCGCAGUGCCGGAGUAUCGAUUUAUGUCCCAGAACAAGGGGGAUAUAAGGAAAAAUUUGUGAAGCCUGUAGAAGACAAAUAUAAGUGUGAAAAGUGCCACCUCAUUUUAUGUAACCCAAAGCAGACAGAAUGUGGUCACCGAUUCUGUGAAACCUGCAUGCAUGUCUUGUUGAGUGCUCCAAGCCCAAAAUGUACAGCAUGUCAAGAAAACAUCGUUAAAGAUAAGGUAUUUAAGGAUAAUUGCUGUAAGAGAGAAAUUCUGGCUCUUCAAAUAUAUUGUAGGAAUGAAAGCAAAGGAUGCACAGAACAAUUAACCCUGGGACAUUUGCUGGUACAUUUAAAAAGUGAUUGCCAAUUUGAAGAACUUCCAUGCGUCCGUGCUGACUGCAAAGAAAAAAUCCUGCGGAAAGAUUUACCAGGACAUGUAGAAAAGUCAUGUAAAUACCGAGAAGCAACAUGUCAAUACUGUAAAAGUCAAGUUCCCAUGAUAACACUGCAGAAACAUGAAGAUACAGACUGUCCAUGUGUUGUUGUCUCAUGCCCACAUAAAUGUAGUGUUCAGACACUUUUGAGGAGUGAGUUGAAUGCACAUUUGUCAGAAUGUAUUAAUGCCCCAAGUACCUGUAGUUUUAAGCGUUAUGGCUGCACUUUUCAGGGAACAAAUCAGCAAAUUAAGACCCAUGAGGCCAGCUCAGCAGUGCAACAUGUUAAUUUACUGAAAGAAUGGAGUAAUUCUCUAGAGAAAAAGGUUUCUUUGCUACAGAAUGAAAGUGUAGAAAAAAACAAGAGUAUACAAAGUUUACACAAUCAGAUAUGUAGCUUUGAGAUAGAAAUUGAAAGACAAAAAGAAAUGCUCCGGAAUAACGAAUCCAAAAUACUUCAUCUACAGCGAGUGAUUGAUAGUCAGGCUGAAAAGCUGAAAGAACUGGACAAAGAGAUACGUCCCUUCCGACAAAACUGGGAGGAGGCCGACAGCAUGAAAAGCAGUGUGGAAUCCCUCCAGAAUCGAGUUACAGAACUGGAAAGCGUGGAUAAAACUGCAGGACAAGCAGCACGAAACACAGGCUUGCUUGAGACACAGUUGAGCAGACAUGACCAGAUGCUAAGUGUUCACGAUAUUCGACUGGCUGACAUGGACCUCCGAUUCCAAGUCCUAGAAACUGCCAGCUACAAUGGGGUGUUAAUCUGGAAAAUUCGAGAUUAUAAACGGCGGAAGCAAGAAGCUGUAAUGGGGAAGACCUUAUCACUGUACAGCCAGCCUUUCUAUACUGGCUACUUCGGCUAUAAGAUGUGUGCUAGGGUUUACCUUAAUGGGGAUGGGAUGGGAAAAGGAACUCACUUGUCUUUGUUUUUUGUCAUAAUGCGUGGAGAAUAUGAUGCUUUGCUUCCUUGGCCAUUUAAACAAAAAGUGACUCUCAUGCUAAUGGAUCAGGGAUCUUCUCGACGUCAUUUAGGAGAUGCUUUCAAACCUGACCCAAACAGCAGUAGUUUCAAGAAACCUACCGGAGAGAUGAACAUUGCUUCUGGUUGCCCUGUCUUUGUGGCCCAAACUGUUCUAGAAAAUGGGACGUAUAUUAAAGAUGAUACUAUUUUUAUUAAAGUCAUAGUGGAUACAUCGGAUCUGCCAGACCCCUGACAAGUAAAUGGGGAAAUGGAUUUAAGCAACAGGUAACCCCACUUCGGGGUUUUGAGCCAGUCUGUCUUCAAUGAGGUCCUAAGCUCAGCAGAGGGCCUUAUGGAACAGAAAGAAGAGUCUGAAGGCAUAAUUGCAUAGGGUCCAAUGGUGAAGUAGCAACCCAUUAAGAAAUCAUACCUUGGUAUAUUUUCUAAUAGAACUAGCAACACUUCAACUCUGAAGAAUUCUUUAUCCUUCACUGGGAUAAAUAUUACUAUCAGAGAAUUUUAAUUUUUAUUUUUAAAGAUCUAGUUAAUUGAGGUAGAAAGACAUAUGCUAAGCAAAAAAAAAAAACAAACAAACAAAACAGAUAUGAUUUUUCUUCCUUAAACUAGAACACCAAAAAAUUCACAUGUGGGAUUAGCUGGAUAUGUCAGCAUGUUAAGUAAAAGAAGAAAUGAUGAAAUCAUAAUGCAGUUCUGAUAUAUUCAUUCAAAAAAAGCAAAGUGCAAUCUUGUUUCAAAUACAAUAUAUUGUCUAUUUUUAAGGCCUCACCUGGUCUCUGUUUUAAGAAUUUGUUUGUCAGAAGACCCUGAAGUACUCAGUCUCCAAAUUCAGAAUCAUUUCUUGAUUUAAAGUUUUACUGAUAAUUAUUAACACAAACAUCUUACUUUAAAAUGUUGAUAGACUGAUAUUUCUUGGAAGAAAAUGUAAAAUAUCAAACACUGGUUAUCACUUGUGAUAGGAAAGAAAAUAUUCAAUCUGUUGUUAUUUCUCGUUAGAAAUGUAAACCUACAAUAUAUGUCGUAGUUAAUGACACUA